CGGCGGGCUGGGCGCAUGCGCGCGCACGCGGGGGAAAGCCUGGCCGCGCCACACGCUCGCGACCCCUCGGCUUCUCCCGACGACAUGGCGCUGCGGCGGCGGCGGCGGGGGCUCCUGCUCUGCGCGCGGCUGCCCGACUUCUUCCUGAUGCUGCUCUUCAGGGGCUGCUUGAUAGGGGCCGUCAAUCUCAAAUCCAGCAACAGAUACCCAGUGGUACAGGAAUUUGAAAGUGUGGAGCUGUCUUGUAUCAUCACUGACUCACAGACAAGAGAGCCCAGGAUCGAAUGGAAGAAGAUUAAGGAUGCCCAGACCACAUACGUGUUUUUUAACAACAGAAUUCAGGGGGACUUGGCAGGCCGAGCGGAGCUGCUGGGGAAAACCUCUCUGCAGAUCUGGAACGCGACCAGGAGAGACUCUGCUCUCUAUCGCUGUGAGGUGGUUGCUCAAGACGACCCCAAAGAGAUGGACGAGAUUGUCAUCGACUUGACUGUGCAAGUGAAGCCAGUGCCUCCAGUGUGCACAGUACCAAAGGCGGUGCCCGUAGGCAAGAUGGCCACGCUGCACUGCCAGGAGAAGGAGGGCUUCCCCCAGCCCCACUACAGCUGGUACCGCAAUGAUGCACCCCUACCCAGGGACUCCCGCGCCAACCCCAGAUUUCAGAAUUCCUCUUUCCUCAUCGACUCCAAAACUGGCACUCUGGUGUUCAGCGCGGUUCGCAAGGAGGACUCCGGGCAGUACUACUGCAUGGCUUCCAACGACGUCGGCUCGGCCAAGUGCGAGGCCCAGGAAAUGGAAGUCUACGACCUGAACGUGGGCGGAAUCAUCGGGGGCGUCCUGGUGGUCCUGGCAGUGCUGGCCCUCACCACGGUGGGCAUCUGCUGUGCGUACCGACGCGGCUACUUCAUCCACAAGCAGGACGAGGAGAGUUUCAAGAAUCCAGGGAGGCCCGACGGAGUUAACUACAUCAGGACAGAUGAGGAGGGCGACUUCAGACACAAGUCGUCGUUUGUGAUCUGAAACCUGACAUGCGGCCCAGAGCACACGCAAUACCUCCACCAGGAACGUCCCCAGAGCAGCCGGAGGGCAGGGCACCCGACAGAGCUAGACACGCGUGCAAAAGCUUUUUGUUUUGGCCAAAGUUGACCGCUACUCCUUUCCUACUUCUUAACAAGCUGCAUGAAUAAAAGGAUUCUCCUCAAGAUGGGCUCAGGCAUCACAAGGAAAAGAACUGAGCGAGCUUCUCACCGAGGCUGGCUCCCAGCUCAGUCCGCCGGGUUCCCGGCCUGGGAAGCCAGUUCAUUUGCCACUUGCUGUUGGUCAGCCUGGGUGAUCGCCCUGCGAGGGGGAUGUGGGGGGACGAGGGAGCGGGGUGUGGCAGCGGGAAUCUGGCAGGAUGCCCUGCAGCUACGGUUUGAAUCGGUGCAUCCAGAAAAGAGGCUUUUUGACCAUGACCUCGCCUCAGUGGCCCCGACUGUCUGCACCAGCCUCAGUGUUGUCCUGUCCAUCUUGGGAAUCCUCUUGGAUCAGCACUUACA